AUGAAGCUCAUGAGCGACUAUGAGGUGACACUGGUCAACGACAACAUGUUAGUCCACCCUACUGAGUUCUAUGUUAGGUUCAAGGGUCCGGUAGAGACGCCAUUCGAGGGUGGUCUCUGGAAGAUCCACGUCGAGUUGCCGGAUCAGUAUCCGUACAAGAGUCCCAGCAUCGGCUUUGUGAACAGGAUAUUCCACCCUAAUAUCGACGAGCUCUCUGGCUCCGUCUGCCUUGACGUCAUCAACCAGACAUGGUCGCCAAUGUACGACAUGAUCAACAUCUUCGAGGUCUUCCUUCCCCAACUCCUACGAUACCCCAACCCAACCGAUCCCCUCAACGGCGAGGCUGCAGCGCUUUUGAUGCGCGAACCGAAAAGCUAUGACGCCAAGGUGAAGGAAUACGUCCAGAAGUACGCCAACAAGGACACUGCCGAGGACUCUGACAAAGACGAUGGCGAUGACGACGAGAUGAGCUCUGUCGGCAGCUAUGAGUCAGGCGAUGAAGACGAAGCGGCGGGCAACAUGGAGGACAUCUAA